CAGCCAGUCUUUUGUGUACGUGCAGGACCAUGGUGGCUUCAGUUCCUACCCCACCCUUCCUAGGAACUCUACUUGUGGCAAACGGAUGUUCCAGCUUACAAGUCCACCCUCCCCACUCUGAUAAAUGCAAGAAAAGCUGAGAAGGGAGGAGCAAGUUGGGAUGAAAGUGUCUGGGCCAAAGUGACCUGGAAACCACUGGAGAAGAAGCUGCUGACUGAGAAGGAGGUGUGUGGCUCUGGUGGGAUCCCCAGCUUGGAGGACUGGUUAGCAGCUGCACGUUCUGAGUCUGUCUUGGGUAUUCCCAUAUGGCCAUGAGAUCCGGGAGUCACCCCUCGCUGCUGCUGCUUCUAGCACUGCUGCUGUGGCUGCUGCAGGUAAGCUGCAAGGGUGUGAUAAAUCCUGGCUGUGAGCAUCACUGCCAUCCUUAUUGUCAUCAUUGUCACUAUAAUUUCCAGGGAAAGAGCUACCAGCCUCUACGGCGAUCCAAGAGAAGAUGGGUUAUCACCACCUUGGAGCUGGAGGAGGAAGACCCGGGACCCUUUCCCAAACUGAUUGGUGAGCUGUUCAAUAAUAUGUCUGAUAACAUGUCACUCAUGUAUCUACUCAGUGGACCUGGUGUGGAUGAAUAUCCAGAGAUUGGUUUGUUUUCUCUUGAAGAUCAUGAGAACGGAAGGAUAUAUGUUCACCGCCCUGUUGAUCGAGAAACGACACCGUCUUUCACGGUUUAUUUUGAUGUUGCGGAGCGCUCAACAGGAAAAAUUGUGGAUAAAUCCUUGAUUUUCAACAUUAGGAUCAGUGAUGUGAAUGAUCAUGCACCCCAGUUUCCAGAGAAGGAAUUUAACAUCACUGUGCAAGAAAACCAAACUGCAGGUCAACCUAUUUUUCAGAUGUUAGCAGUCGAUUUGGAUGAAGAAAACACUCCAAAUUCUCAAGUCCUUUACUUCCUCAUUUCUCAAACACCAUUACUGAAAGAAAGUGGUUUCCAGGUUGAUCGCAUUAGUGGAGAAAUACGACUCUCCGGGUGCUUAGAUUAUGAGACUGCUCCUCAGUUUACACUGCUAAUCAGUGCCAGGGACUGUGGAGAACCGUCACUGUCAUCCACGGCCACCGUUCACAUGGAUGUGCAAGAAAACAACAACCACAGGCCCAUAUUUACCCAGGAGAACUAUAAGAUUCAGAUUCCUGAAGGCCGAGUCAGCAAGGGCGUGGUGCGUCUCCUGGUUCAAGAUCGAGAUUCUCCAUUUACAUCAGCUUGGAGAGCAAAAUUCAACAUAUUGCAUGGCAACGAAGAAGGACAUUUUGACAUUUUGACUGACCCUGAGACCAACGAAGGGAUAUUAAAUGUUAUCAAGCCUUUGGAUUAUGAGACUCGCCCAGCGCGAAGCCUCGUCAUUGCUGUGGAGAAUGAGGAGAGGCUCCUCUACUGCGAGAGAGGAAAGCUUCAGCCACCAAGGAAGGCAGCAGCAAGCGCCACUGUGAGUGUGCAGGUGACAGACGCCAACGACCCACCAACCUUUCACCCCCAGAGCUUCAUUGUCAGUAAAAAGGAGGGCACCGGGCCUGGGACCCUGUUGGGAACUUUUAAUGCCACGGAUCCAGACAGCCAGAUAAGAUAUAAACGGGUUCAUGACCCAGCAAACUGGGUCAGCGUAGAUGAAAACUCCGGAGUGGUCACCACCGUGGAGCCAAUUGACCGAGAAUCCCCUCAUGUCAAUGACAGUUUUUAUAUAAUCAUCGUUCACGCUGUUGAUGAUGGCUUCCCCCCGCAGACUGCAACAGGGACGCUAAUGCUCUUCCUGUCUGACAUCAAUGACAACGCCCCGACUCUCCGGCCACAUUCCCGCUAUGUGGAGGUCUGUGAGUCUGCCGUGCAUCAGCCCCUCCACAUCGAGGCAGAGGAUCCGGACCUGGAGCCCUUCUCUGAUCCAUUUACAUUUGAAUUGGACAACACCCUGCAAAACGCAGAGGACACAUGGAAGUUGGGGAAAAAUUGGGGUCAGUCAGUUGAACUUUUAACCUUGAGAAGCCUGCCACGUGGUAAUUACUUGGUGCCACUCUUCAUUGGAGACAAACAGGGACUUUCCCAGAAGCAAACUGUCCGUGUAAGGAUCUGCCCCUGUGCCAGUGGGUUCACGUGUGUGGAGCAUGCAGAUGCAGGAGUGGGGCUUCUUGUGGGGACCCUGUCCCCUGUCUGUGCAGCAUUCGUGGCUCUGGCAGUAGCUCUGCUUUUCCUGUUGCGACGCUAUUUUGUGCUUGAACCUAAGAGGCAUGGAUGCUCUAUAUCCAAUGAUGAAGGCCACCAAACACUGGUCAUGUAUAAUGAGGAGAGCAAAGCCACUUCAGCCCAGACAUGGUCAGAUGUUGAAGGCCAGAGGCCGGCUCUGCUCGUCUGCAUAGCUGCAGCAGGACCCAAGCAGGGAGCUAAGGAUCUCAAGGAAGUGCCUCCAUCUGCGGCGAGCAGGGCAGCCCAAGCACGCUCUGCUCUGGGGAGUUGGGGUUAUGGCGAGCUCUUUGAGUCAAGAGGUGUGGAAAACAUGUACUCUACUCCUGCUUACCCAGAUGCCACAGUGCACAGACAACUCCUGGCUCUGGUGGAAGGAAGGAUGGCAGAGACACUGAAUCAGAAACUCCGUGUUGCCGAUGUGCUGGAAGAUGACCCCGGCUACCUACCUCAUGUCUACAGCCAGGAGGGGGAGUGUGGAGGGGCCUCAUCCCUCAGCUCUCUGGCCAGCUUGGAACAGGAACUGCCGCCUGAUUUGCUGGACUCUCUGGGUUCAAAAGCGACUCAGUUGGAGGAAAUAUGUUCAGAGUCAGGUGGUCCUUCCUAAAAAAAUGUGUAUUUUGGCGAAUUGAAAUAAUUCAUGGAGGGGAAUCACUAUUCAUGGAUUUUUCCCCUCUGUUCUUCUUUUCCCUCCUUAAAAAAAAAAUCACCUUCUAGUCCUAGAUGAGGACACACUAUUAGUUUGAAUUAAAUGCUUUGAUAUUCUGAGACCAGCCAUCUUGAACCAAAGCAAAACCACAAGUUGUGCUUUUUUAAAAUUUGAUUUGUCAUAUUUUCUAGAGAAACUUGAAUUUAAUUGUGUUAUUCUUAGCUUCCACUGGCAGCCUAACUUUGAGGGUAAAUGAAAAUAUAACCCAUCGAUUACCCAGUCACUUGGUAACAGCAGGUAAUACUGAAGAAAAAUACAAAUAGAUUUUAAAACGUUAUUUACAUUUCUAUGAUUAUGAUUCUGCUUCCUUUUAAGGGAAAACUUAGGUAAAUAGAGAAAUGUUUUCUAUAAUGUUUGUAAUCAGUAUUUUAAGUGAUUUUUUAAAAAAAAGUAUUGAUCCCUAUUCACUUUUUGAUUAGAUAAAUAGAUAAAAUAUGGUAUCUUGAGAGAAAUGAUUAUGCUGAAAGCUUUAUAAACAGUACACUCUUUAAAAAAUGAAGAGCUGACAUAAUUUAACUUGUAUGUGUUAUGUAAGUAAAAGAGUUUAGGAGCCUUUGAAUGAAAAAGUUCUGAUUAGAUUUUAUCUUUAAACAAAACCACAAAAUUUAAUUGGUUUUUACUUGUCCACUUACUGCUAAUGUCAGUUUCAGGGGAGGAAAUGGUUUCUUUUAAAAAUCUUAAUAUGGAGACAUAUGCCCUAAAAUAGUCAGUUUUCUAGUCUGAGUAAUAGAUAAGAGACUGACUAAGCAAAGUUUAAAAUGCUAUUAGGACACUUUAAUGCACAUAUUGAAUAUCUAAAAGUCUACAGCCAUAUAAAAUUUUUAUGUAAUUAAUGAGCAAAUGCUCUCUCUCACACCCUGAAAUAAAUCAGUAGAAACAUG